AUGGCUGCAAAAAGAAAACCGGAGGUAGUCGUACCAGCGGAGGAGAGCGACCAGCUGCUGAUCCGGCCUCUGGGCGCGGGGCAGGAGGUGGGCCGCUCCUGCAUCAUCCUAGAGUUCAAAGGACGAAAGAUCAUGUUGGACUGUGGGAUCCACCCGGGUCUGGAGGGUAUGGAUGCUCUGCCAUACAUCGACCUGAUCGACCCAGCAGAGGUGGACCUGCUGCUCAUCAGCCAUUUCCACCUGGACCAUUGUGGAGCUCUCCCCUGGUUCCUGCAGAAGACGAGCUUCAAAGGACGGACCUUCAUGACACAUGCGUCCAAAGCCAUUUACCGCUGGCUGCUGUCCGACUACGUCAAAGUCAGUAACAUCUCGGCAGACGACAUGCUGUACACAGAGACGGACCUGGAGGAUUCUAUGGAGAAGAUCGAAACCAUCAACUUCCACGAGGUCAAAGAAGUCGCAGGGAUCAAGUUCUGGUGUUACCAUGCGGGACACGUGUUGGGGGCUGCCAUGUUCAUGAUCGAGAUCGCAGGAGUCAAGAUUCUUUACACUGGAGACUUUUCUCGCCAAGAAGACAGACACCUGAUGGCAGCAGAGAUCCCCAGUGUGAAGCCAGACAUCCUCAUCACCGAGUCCACGUACGGGACUCACAUCCAUGAGAAACGUGAGGAGCGCGAGGCUCGUUUUUGUAACACGGUCCACGACAUCGUGAACCGAGAAGGACGCUGCCUCAUCCCAGUGUUCGCUCUGGGACGAGCACAAGAACUGCUGCUUAUUCUGGAUGAGUACUGGCAGAACCACCCUGAGCUCCAUGACAUCCCCAUAUACUACGCCUCGUCUCUGGCUCGAAAGUGCAUGGCCGUGUACCAGACCUACAUCAACGCCAUGAACGACAAGAUCCGCAAAGCCAUCAACAUCAACAACCCCUUUGUGUUCAAGCACAUCAGCAACCUGAAGAGCAUGGACCACUUUGACGACAUUGGCCCCUCUGUGGUGAUGGCGUCCCCUGGGAUGAUGCAGAGUGGUUUGUCCAGAGAGCUGUUCGAGAGCUGGUGCACCGACAAGAGGAACGGAGUGGUCAUCGCAGGGUACUGUGUGGAGGGGACGCUGGCCAAGCACAUCAUGACAGAGCCAGAGGAGAUCAGUACAAUGUCUGGACAGAAGCUUCCUCUGAAGAUGUCUGUGGACUACAUCUCCUUCUCUGCUCACACGGACUAUCAGCAGACCAGCGAGUUCAUCAGGGCCCUGAAGCCUCCUCAUGUGAUCCUGGUCCAUGGGGAGCAGAAUGAGAUGGCUCGUCUGAAAGCUGCUCUGAUCCGUGAAUACGAAGACAACGACGAGGUUCACAUCGAGGUCCACAACCCGAGGAACACUGAGGCCGUCACCCUCAACUUCAGGGGAGAGAAACUGGCCAAGGUGAUGGGCUCUCUGGCCGACAGGAAGUGUGUGCAGGGUCAGAGAGUAUCUGGGAUCCUGGUCAAACGGAACUUCAACUACCACAUCCUGUCCUCCUCCGACCUGUCCAACUACACAGACCUGAACAUGGGCACUGUGACGCAGACUCAGGCGAUCCCGUUCACUGGACCCAUCUCAGUCCUGGUGAGCCAACUGCGACAUCUGGCAGGAGACCUGGAGCAGGUGGAAGGAACAGAGAAGAUCACAGUCCGAGUCUUUAAGGCCAUCACUCUGGUGCACGAGGCGGGGAUGGUGCUGCUGCAGUGGACGGCGAACCCUCUGAAUGACAUGUUUGCAGACGCGGUGACCACAGUGAUCCUCGAGGUGCAGUCUCAUCCUAACGCCCAGAAGUACCUGGAGCCCCGCGCUGAGGCCGACCCGGACGACGUGUUCCCGGAGCGACUGACGCUGAUGCUGAAUGAUAUGUUCGGUGAGGAGUGCGUGUCGUUCUCGGAGGGAAAACUGAAAGUGACGAUGGAACAGGCCACAGCUGCAGUCGACCCACAGACAAAGGCGGUCGUUUGUGAAGAAGAUGAAACUCUGCGAGAGACAGUGGAAGUCGCUGUUCACCGACUGUACGACGCCCUGAACCCCCUCUUCUGA